GUGGUUCUGUACAACGCGGAUGGGUGGACGGCCAAUCAGAUGAUGCCAGGUGUCAUUGAGAGAGCGUUCAACUACUUGUUGGUGGCUGCGGAUGAUGUCGCAGUGCCUGCUGACGUGGCUGUGCCUGCUGAUGUGGCAGGUGCCGGACCUGCACAGGGAGGAAGAGUAGGAGGGGUCAACACGGCGACCCGCUUGUUUGGGAAUUCCAGAAAGCAUGUGCAUUUUGAGCCGGAAGGAGCAGCGGUGAUGCAUGCAGAGAGGUAUUCCAGGCAAGGUGUUGAGCAGCAGCAGCAGCAGUUUCAACAUGAGACUCAGCAUCGGGCUCAGAAGCAACAGCUAGAGCAGCAGGCGCUUGCUUUGCUUCCGUGCGAGUACCAGCAGUUAGUGCGGGUGCACAGUGUAGACGCUGUAGAGUGUGCCAACACCCUUACUGCUUCCGGUGCUGCCCAUAGCGUGGCCAGCCCUUCAGCUGCCCAUAACAGAGCGCCACUGGAGCCACAGCCACGCUUGAAACCCCAGCAGCAAGUGCAGCAGAUACAGCCACAGCCACAGCAGCAGCAGCAGCAAUUCCGCAGGGGGCUGCACAUCCUGCUGCUGCCUUUUCUCCAACCGCUGCUGCUGCCGAUGAAAGCACUCACUAUUCCUCGCUCCCUCACUUUCAUCCUCACUCACAGCUCCCUGUUACAGACACUCUGGUAGUGGUGCUUGAGGUGGUAACCAACACCACUGCCGCUGCCUCUGCCUCCCCUCCUACCUCCUCUGAUACCCCCUCCGACUCCCCAGCUUCUCAAUGCACCCCCUCUCAGCCACACACGUGGCAUGACACCUGGCAGUCGCUCACACCAUCUGCUGACGUGGCAAAGAGGCUCGGGAGGUUCCUGAGCG